UACGCGAUUCGGCAGCAAAAUUCCAACAUUCCCGUCGACUCCCUAGCGGGGAAACCACCAGAAUCAACGGCGCACCAUUUCCGACCUGUUCCGAACCUUUAUGUCCACCGUAUCCAAAAUCAUAGAUCGAGAUGUUCCUGCGUCCUUUGUCAAAUAACGCAAAACCUUCUGUCCUAUUUCGCGCGGAAUCUGGUAGUAACACUAACUUCAGUGAAGGCUACCUCUGUGCGCGGAGAACGAUCUACGAAGGCCCACCAUCAUGGCAAGAAUUCGAUACUCAGCUAUCUUGGGAACGAAAACGGACGCGAUUUCUAUCAUUCGGCACUUGGAAGCGAGCCAUGCAGCGGCGAAAAAAUCUGGAAAGUAAGGGGGAAAGGGAUAUUGUGGUGAUUGCUGUGUGGACAAAGGGUUUGGCAGGCGUGUAUAGUGCAGAGGAGGCUGCAUCCAAACUUGGAUAUUCUGAUGCAGGGCUGGAUCGUCGAAGAAAGCUGUGGCACCACCGCGACGAAUAUCUUAUUGAAGGCGGCAUUGCGGCUGAUGAAUAUCGUAUCCUUGCUGUCUUUGAGGGUGGAGGACCUGAACAUGAGAUCGUCUUCGAAUGCCCUCUCUAUCGGGUACCAGCAAUGAUCCCAAGCGGGUUUUUCCCUGGGCGAAGAUCAGGCAACGCACUCCAGGAUAUAGCUUAUGAAAUUUAUAGUCACUCGGGCGCUUUCGAUGAUAUGAAGAGAGAUGAGCUUGUAAAAGCAAUUACCAGGAAUCCCCAAUUUUUUCCGACUAUACGGUAUCAGCGCCGCGGCCUGAGUGAAAUAUUUGAUGGCUUUCAACCGACACGCCCUAACAUGUUAACCGGAGGCGGCCUCUAUUAGAUAAAUAAUAAAGAACGACGAAUCACCAUUCAUCAUCAGCAUCUCACCCAACAUUGGUAGUAUGGUUGCCUUGGUAAUGAAGGAAGGGAUAAGCAAUGUCCAGAGAGAAUCAGGCUGAAUCUUGAGACAGAUAGUAACAUUCAACUUGCAUUUAAUUCAUUCCAAGUGCUCUUCUGA